GUCAGAUGGCUCGAAGGAAUGGAGGGCGAAGUGACUGAAGGUUUUGGACAUAGUUAAUGGGCAGUUUGUUGUGGAAUAUAAGGAUUUCUUGGAGACCUGGGCAGACAUUGACAGAACCAUUCUGUUUGACUCUACGUGGGUUCUGACAUCGUACUAACUCAAUGUCCCAAUUGUACCAGCUGAUCGCGCCUGGACGUACGGGGACGUGGCGGGCGAUGCGAACCUACCAACCAUUGAGCAAAACAACAAGCGAAACAACACACAUAGACUACAUAAUUCCCCUUCUCCGAAUUGAUUUCCAAAUUAACGCUGUUCGCAUGGAACCAAACGUGGUUGGAAUGCGCAAUGGGUUUAUCUUCUCCCAGUGA